UUCUGUUCGCUUCGCUUCUGGAUCACUGAGCUGCAGCACCGCGCGUAACGGAGGCCGGCGGGCCGAGGGACGCAACCGAGUCGCUUCUGACAGCACAGAUCCCGGUGAAACCCAGCGGCGAGCUCCGUGUGUGAGGCCCUGCCUGAAGAUGAACGUCCUCAAAGACAACAAAGACUUGGCCUGCUUCUACACGACCAAACACUCCUGGAGGGGGAAGUACAAGCGCGUGUUCUCCGUGGGAACUCACGGCAUCACCACAUACAACCCCACCACACUAGAAGUGACCAACCAGUGGCCUUACGGUGAUAUCUGUGGCAUCGCUCCGGUCGGGAAGGGCCAGGGCACCGAGUUCAACCUCACCUUCCGCAAGGGCAGCGGGAAGAAGUCCGAAACGCUCAAGUUCUCCACCGAGCAUCGCACAGAGCUGCUAACAGAAGCGCUGAGAUUCAGAACAGACUUCUCCGAGGGAAAAAUCACUGGAAGACGCUAUAACUGCUUCAAGCACCACUGGAGCGACGCGCGGAGGAGCGUGUGUUUGGAGGUGACUCCGGGCAGCAUCGAUCAGAUCGACCCUCAGACGAACCGCGUGAUCUGCUCGUACGACUACCGCUGCGUGGAGGGCUUCGCCGAGCUCUGCGACUAUCAGGGAGGCUUCUGUGUGCUGUAUGGAGGCUUCGGCAGGCUGCAUCUGUUUGCGUCCGAGCACCGCGAGGAGAUCAUUCGCAGUGCGAUCGAGCACGCCGGGAACUUCAUCGGCAUCACGCUGCGGCUGCGUAAGGAGCUGCUGAGCUUCGAAGGCUUCCUCGGCGAGCGUCUGGGGAAGUACGGUUCGGACGAGUGCAUCACCUCGCUGACCGAGUUCAUCGUGCAGAAGAUCACGCCGCGGCACGCAGAGCCGGUGAAGAGGAUCCUGGCGCUCACAGAGACGUGUCUGGUGGAGAGAGACCCUGCCUCUUACAACAUCGUCACCGUCAAGCCCUUCGGAGAGGUGUUCGCUCUGAUCUGUGACGCAGACAAUCCUCAGGUGUUCACCGUGGAGUUCAUCCGUGGUCAGAUCCGGAAGUACUGCUCCACUGAAAGGGACUCUCUGCUGGCGAGUCUGCUGGACGGCGUGCGGGCGUCGGGGAACAGGGACGUGUGUGUGAAGAUGGUCCCCACACACAGGGGCCAGCGCUGGGGCCUCCUCAGCAUGCCUGUGGACGAGGAGGUGGAGAGCCUGCACCUGCGCUUCCUCGCCGCUCCUCCCAAUGGUAAUUUUGCAGAUGCAGUGUUCAGAUUUAACGCCAACAUCUCUUACAGUGGAGUAUUACACGCCGUCACUCAGGACGGUCUGUUCUCAGAGAACAAAGAGAAACUGAUCAACAAUGCCAUCCUGGCGCUCUUAUCUCAAGAUGUGGAUCUGCCGGGACCCAACUCUGAGCUGGAGGCCCAGUUCCAGGCCAUCAGGCGUCUGGUGGCGUCCAAAGCCGGGUUCCAGGCCUUCACACAGCUGCCAAAGUUUCGAGAGAAGUUGGGAGUGAAAACUGUUAAAGCACUGAAGAGAAACAACAACGGCGUGAUCCAUGCGGCUAUAGACAUGCUGUGUGCUCUGAUGUGUCCGAUGCACGACGAUUACGACCUGCGGCAGGAGCAGCUGAACAAAGCCUCUCUGCUCUCCUCCAAGAAGUUCCUGGAGAACCUGCUGGAGAAGUUCAUCAGUAACGUGGACCACGGCACAGGAGCGCUAGUGAUCAGCUCGCUGCUGGACUUCCUGACCUUUGCCCUCUGCGCUCCUUACAGCGAGACCACCGAGGGCCAGCAGUUCGACAUGCUGCUGGAGAUGGUGGCCUCCGACGGACGGACGCUCUUCAAGCUCUUCCAGCAUCCGUCGAUGGCGAUCGUCAAAGGCGCGGGUCUGAUCAUGAAGGCCAUCAUUGAGGAGGGAGAUAAGGAGAUCGCCUCGAAGAUGCAGGAGCUGGCUCUGAGCGAAGGAGCUCUACCCAGACACCUGCACACCUCCAUGUUCACCAUCAGCGCUGACCAGCGGAUGCUCACCAACAGGCAGCUGAGUCGUCAUCUGGUGGGUUUGUGGACGGCAGAAAACCCCACCGCCCUGAACCUGCUCAAGAGGAUCCUGCCCACCGGUCUGCUGGCGUAUCUGGACAGCUCUGACCCCGUGCCUGAGAAAGACCUGGACAGAAUGCACAUACGCGACAACGUCAAGAUCGCCACGGACCAGUUUGGCAGGAAUAAAGUCCCGGAGUGGCAGCGUAUCGCAGGUAAAGCUGCUAAAGAGGUGGAGAAGUUCGCCAAAGAGAAGGCCGACAUUGUGCUGAUGCACUGGAGAGAUAAGAUGGGCAUCGCUCAGAAGGAGGACAGGAAUAACCUGAACGCAAACCAGAAGCCGGUCAUCCUGAGGAAGAGACGGCAGCGCAUCAAGAUCGAGUCCAACUGGGAGCUUUUCUACUACAAGUUCCAGCUGGAUCACGCUCGUCCUAACCUGAUCUGGAACCUGAAGACGCGCGAGGAGCUGCGGGACGCUCUGGAGGGAGAGAUGCGCUCCUUCGGUGUGGACCGUGAGCUGGGCAGCGCUAGCGUCAUCUCCUGGAACCACCAGGAGUUCGAGGUGAAGUACGAGUGCCUCUCUGACGAGAUCAGGAUCGGGGAUUAUUACCUGCGUUUGCUGCUGGAGGAAGAUGAGAACGAGGAGUCUGGCGCCAUCAAGAGAUCGUACGAGUUCUUUAACGAGCUCUACCAUCGCUUCCUGCUGACUCCUAAAGUGGCCAUGAAGUGUUUGUGUCUGCAAGCGCUCACCAUCGUGUACGGGAAGUGCUGCGAGGAGAUCGGACCCUUCACUGACACCAAGUACAUCGUGGGCAUGCUGGACCGGUGUACAGACAAGCUGGAGAGAGACAGACUCAUCCUCUUCCUCAACAAACUCAUACUCAACAAGAAAAACGUCAAGGAGAUGAUGGACUCUAACGGAGUGCGUAUAUUAGUGGAUCUGCUCACCCUCGCUCACCUUCACACCAACAGAGCCACUGUCCCACUGCAGAGUAAUGUGUUGGAGGCGGCGCCGGACAUGAAGCGCGAGAGCGAGAAGGAGUGGUACUUCGGUAACGCAGAUAAAGAGAGGAGAGGGCCCUUCAGCUUUGAGGAGAUGCAGGAGUUCUGGAGCGCCGGGACACUGACGGCUAAGACGCGCUGCUGGGCUCAGGGCAUGGACGGCUGGCGGCCGCUGCAGGCCAUCCCGCAGCUGAAGUGGAGCCUGCUGGCCGCAGGACAGGCCGUGAUGAACGAGACGGAUCUGGCCACGCUCAUCCUCAACAUGCUCAUCAGCAUGUGCUCCUACUUCCCCAGCCGGGACCAAGAUAAUGCCAUUAUCAGGCCUUUACCAAAGGUGAAGAGGCUCAUAAGCGACAGCACCUGUCUGCCGCACAUCGUCCAGCUGCUCUUGACCUUUGACCCCAUCCUGGUGGAGAAAGUAGCCAACCUGCUGUACCUGGUGAUGCAGGAUAACCCUAACCUGCAGCGGCUCUACCUGACCGGAGUCUUCUUCUUCAUCAUGAUGUACACCGGCUCCAACGUGCUGCCCGUGGCUCGGUUCUUGAAAUACACUCACCUGAAGCAGGCCUUUAAAUCAGAGGAGGCUAAAGGUCUGGACAUCGUUCAGAGGAGCGUGUUGGGCUCGAUGCUGCCGGAGGCCAUGGUGUGUUACCUGGAGAACUACGAGGCCGAGCGGUUCUCCGAGAUAUUCUUGGGAGAGUUCGACACGCCUGAAGCCAUCUGGAGCAGUGAGAUGAGGCGUAUGAUGAUCGAGAAGAUCGCCGCUCAUCUAGCAGACUUCAGUCCUCGUCUGCAGAGUAACACUCGCGCUCUCUAUCAGUACUGUCCCAUUCCUGUGGUCAGCUUCCCUCAGCUGGACAACGAGCUCUUCUGCAACAUCUAUUACCUGCGACACCUGUGCGACUCCACACGCUUCCCCGACUGGCCCAUACGAGAUCCGGUGAAGCUGCUGAAGGACACUCUGGACGCGUGGAAGAGAGAGGUGGAGAAGAAGCCGCCCUCCAUGUCUGUGGAUGACGCCUAUGAAGUGUUGAACCUCCCUAAAGGACAGGGACAGCAUGAAGAGAGUAAGAUAAGGAAAGCGUAUUUCAGAUUGGCCCAGAAAUACCAUCCAGACAAGAAUCCGGAGGGCAGGGACAUGUUUGAGAAGGUCAACAAGGCCUACGAGUUCCUGUGCACCAAAUCAGCCCGUAUUGUGGACGGUCCUGACCCAGAGAACAUCAUCCUGAUCCUCAAAGCCCAGAGCAUUCUGUUCAACAGACACAAGCACGAACUGGAGCCGUAUAAAUACGCCGGCUACCCCAUGCUAAUUAAGACCAUCACCAUGGAGACGGGUGACGAGCAGCUCUUCUCCAAGACCUCGGCGCUGUUACCGGCCGCCGCUGAGCUGGCCUUCCACACCGUCAACUGUUCAGCGCUGAACGCCGAGGAGCUGCGGCGGGAGAACGGCAUCGAGAUGCUGAUGGAGGCUCUGUCCCGCUGUGUGUCUGUGCUCACCGCCUCCUGCAAACCUGAGGACAUGGCAGUGCAGGUGUGCGGGCACGUCUGCCGGUGCUACAGCGUCGCUGCUCAGUUCGAGGAGUGCAGAGAGAAAAUAGUCGAGCUUCCCAACAUUAUUAGAGAUGUUUGUCACAUUCUCUACUACGGCAAGGGCUUGCCGCGCUUGGCGUCUGUGGUGGUGGAGUGCGUCAGCUCCUUCGCGGUGGACUUCUUCCUGCAGACGCACCUGUAUCAGGCCGGUGUUCUGUGGCACCUGCUGGCGAGCCUCUUCAGCUACGACUACACGCUGGAGGAGAGCGGCGUGCAGGCCAGCCAGGACACCAACCAGCAGCAGGUGUGCAACAGCCUGGCCAAGCUGAGCGUGGUGGCCCUCGGGCGGCUGGCGGGGUACAGCGGGGCCCGGGGCCCGGAGGACGAGCCCAGCGGAGGAGAGCUGCCUCCGGAGAACCCUGCCAUCAGGAAGAGCCUGGCUGCCAUGCUGACGCCCUACAUCUCCCGCAGACUGGGCUGCAGCUCGCCCGCCGAGGUGCUGAAGCUGUUGAACAGUAACUCGGAGACGCCGUAUUUGAUCUGGAACAACGGCACGAGAGCGGAGCUGAUGGAGUUCCUGGAGGAGCAGCAGGAGAGCAACAUCAAGCAGGGCGAGUGCGACAAGAGCUUCGGGUCAGAGUUCCUGUUCAGUGAACACGGGAAGGAGCUGAUCGUGGGAGAGAUCUUCGUUAGGGUUUAUAACGAGCAGCCUGUGUUUCCUCUGGAGCAUCCGAAGGCGUUUGCGUCGAGUCUGCUGGACUAUGUGGGCUCUCAGGCUCAGUAUCUGCACACGCUGCUGGCGAUGACUCAGACUAAUAAAGUGGAGUCGCAGCAGCACGCUCAGAGACUGCGCUGGGCCGAGAUGGCCCUGGAAGCUCUCCGCAACGUCAUCAAGAACAACCCAGGCUCUGAGACGGAGUGCAUCGGUCACUUCAAGCUGCUCUUCUCUCUGCUGAGGGUCCACGGCGCCGGCAGAGUCCAGCAGCUGGCUUUAGAGGUGGUGAAUACUGUCACAUCAAACCAGGACUGCGUCAUCAACAUCGCUGAGUCUCUGGUUCUGCCCAAUCUGCUGGUGCUGCUGCACUCCUUACCGUCCAGCCGUCAGCUGGUGCUGGAGACGCUGUACGCUCUGACCUCUAACACCAAGAUCAUCACUGAGGCCAUGAACAAAGGUGCUCUGAUCUACCUGCUGGAUCUGUUCUGUAACUCCACCCAUCCUCAGGUGCGCUCGCAGACGGCCGAGCUCUUCUCCAAGAUGACCUCGGACAAGCUGGUGGGACCCAAGGUGCGUCUGACGCUGAUGCGCUUCCUGCCGGCCGUCUUCAUGGACGCCAUGCGUGAUAACUCCGAGGCGGCGGUGCACAUAUUCGAGGGAACGCACGAGAACCCCGAGCUGAUCUGGAACGACAGCUCGAGAGAGACGGUCUCCACCAGCGUCAGAGAGAUGAUGCUGGAGCACUUCAAGCAGCAGAAGGACAAUCCUGACGUCAACUGGAAGCUGCCGGAGGAUUUCUCGGUGGCGUACGGAGCGGGUCAGGGCGAGCUGGAGGUCGGCGGGGUGUUUCUGCGGAUCUUCAUCGCUCAGCCCGGCUGGGUUUUACGCAAGCCCAGAGAGUUCCUGGUGUCGCUGAUGGACACGCUGACCACUCUGCUGGAGAAGAACAACCCAAACGGUGAGGCUCUGGAGACGGUGACCACCGCAGCCGUGUGUCUCUUCAGCUCACAGACGCAGCUGGCCGAUCAGGUUCCUCCUCUCGGUCAUCUGCCCCGCGUCCUGACCGCUCUCAACCACAAGAACAACGCCGUGCCCAAGAGUGCCAUCCGCCUCAUCCACGUGCUGUCAGACAACGAGCUGUGUGUGCGCUCCAUGGCUGCGCUGGACACCAUCGGCCCGCUGAUGACGGGGAUGAAGCUCAGGGCUGAUAUGGCAGGACUGGCCUGUGAGGCUCUGAACCGCAUGUUCCAGCGAGAGCAGACCGAGCUGGUCGCACAGGCUCUCCGGGUGGAUCUGGUGCCGUACCUGCUGAAGCUGUUGGAGGGAGUCGGGUUGGAGACUCUGGAAAACCCAUCAGCAACCAAAGCUCAGAUCGUCAAAGCGCUCAAAUCCAUGACCCGCAGCCUGCAGUUUGGAGAACAGGUGAAUGAGAUCCUCUCUCGUUCCACUGUGUGGAGUGCCUUCAAAGACCAGAAACACGACCUCUUCAUCUCUGACUCCCAGACCGCAGGUUACCUGACGGGUCCAGGAGUGGCAGGUUAUCUGACAGCGGGCAGCGGCUCUACAGUCAUGCCAAGCGUCCCGCCCCCCGUAGACAACGACAUCGGAGACCUGGGCUGAACCAGACUAAUACAACACCAGACAAACCCGGACACAGACGGACCGGCUCCGGAGCGCCGCCACCCUGAUCCUGAUCCUGAUCCUGAUCCUGAUCCUGAUCCUGAGUGACAGAGACACAGACAGAACGAGACUCCCUCACAGCACUUCAUGAUUCCUGCGUUUUAACACUUCCUCCUCUUUCAUUUUAUAUCCACUCACAUCUCGUAAAUCAUUUCUUUCCAUGGAGAGUAAAAUAGUUUACUUUUGUAUUGAGAGAUUUUUAUGCAUUUGUUUUUUCUGCAUUAUGCAUUUGCUUCGGUGAGUUGAUGGAUGGCGGUCAUGUUGGCUCUGAUUCGUUGUCUCUUCGUCUUCCUGCGUUUCUGCUCAUGUCUCGACUCGUAUCUGUCCCCGUCUCCACACGCUUUCCGUUUUAUAAAACGCAGCCUUGCAUCUCUGUAUUGUUUCUUUUAUUCUGAAGUACUGGAGUAAGUGCUCGGUGACGGAAGGAAGAGCGCCUUGAGAAGGAACCUGUGAAACUGUGAUUAUUCAUCAUGAGUUUGUGCCGCUGCUUGAGAUUGUCUCUCAUCUCAUCAUCCUGUAAACCGACAAAAACCUUCCUUCCCCACAAAGCACUCGACUAUUUAUACCUGAAUAAAUCAAGAACAACUGAAAACGAGCGUCUGAAAGGACAGUGGACAAAUUGUACUGACUCUGAUUACAUGUAUGUGAAAGACUAGUGCAAUUGUGAAAUGUUAAAUGUAAUAUGCCGUACAUAAACUUUCUAUAUUGAAUGUACAUUAAUAAAAAAGUAAAUCAGUUGCACUUGUACAUAAAAUUUUAAGAAUAAAAGGGAAUCCACA